AUGGCGUCUUCGUCUGUCAACACCAAGCAGGCGAAGGCUUCCUCGUAUUGGGCGCGGCCGGGCAGAACCGCAGCACGAACCCUGGCAAGCGUUAGUUAUUGCCCACACCCUGAUGCUGUAAGGAGACGACAGGAGGCGGAGGCAAUGCGCCAACAACGUAGCCGCGAGCAUUCAGAGGCUCAGAUGCUUCAAGCUAUGGGGUUGAAAUGGUGGGAGGGGAGUCUGCCCGCCAAUAUGGUCGCGGUGACAACACCCAGAGAGCUUGACAUGCUCUCGCGGCAGGCUUAUGCUGCUGGACGCGGCGUCCUCAUCAACUAUUUCCAGGAGGAUUGUUAUGCGUGUCGUUGCCUGCACAAGAAGCUGAAGCAGUUGGCCGAAGACCACCCAGAGGUUCUUUUCCUCAAAGUGAACGGAAGCAAUGAAGCUUUGCGCCCUGUUUUCGCGGAGCGGGGCAUCACUAAGGUUCCCUUUUUUCAGUGUGCUCGGGACGGGGAGCUGCAGAAGCCAUUCAGCGCUUCGCUUGAUCCGGAGAAAUUGAAAAACCUUCGCGAGCAGCUGAGCGCGCUGGCACGCUCCAGCGCCAUGGUAAACGCCUGA